CUGCUUGACAUUUGAGUUUUGUUUACAAAUGGAGGUUUCACUGAACUGAUAACUAUACGGAUUGUUGGACUAUUUUCUAAGUGACUACUGCAGUUAAGCCGGGUCUCAACAUUAGGAGUAAAACAAUGAGUGGUCAAAGCCAUGAUUCAUCUGGUGAAGCUGCAAGUAGGAAUAGUCCUCCCAUGCUUCCCCCGGAAUCACCUGGAAGUUCUGUGUCCUCCCGAAUGCAGGAAGAGUAUUCAGAACUUUUAAAGUAUGCAGUUGGAAUGCCACCACUAGAUCUGAAAGGGCUAGGCAAUCCUGAAAAGGAGGGUGUGUUCCAGCCAAUCAACUCCCACAGGUCGGGUGGGUCAAACAGGUCGGGUGGGUCAAACAGGUCAGGUGUGUCUAGCUCCAGACAAACACCUGUAUACCAUCAACAAGGGGAAACUGUUAAUGAUGCUAACACAAACUCAAUUUAUCCAACACAUUAUACCAGCAAAGAUGAAAGUACAGACAGUGAACAAAGCUUUCAUUUAUUUACAGAGACAGACAAAAACGACAAUAAAUUAAAAAAGAAAAAAGGACUUACCAAGACAUCAAAACAUAAACAUGGGUCCAUAGUGGGUACUGCUGUACUAGAUAUGUCUUGUAAACUUGAUGGUUGGCUGGCAAAGCUCAAGACUGAGAUACUGGAAGAGAUGGGUAAAUCAACAACACAAGCAGCUGACUGUGUCACUAAGCUUCACUACAGAGAGAGACAGGAGUUGAUGGAAGAGAAAGAAAGGCUUUGCAGGGAGGUAACCAAGCUGGGUGAGCUGGUCAGCACAUGUGAACAGAGCAUGUGUAGGAAGGACACGCUGAUAGAGAACUUGACCCAGGCGCUGGCCAAAGAGAAAGAGAAAGUGACCAAAGCUCAGGCGUUUUUUGCUUGCAAGGCUCAGGUCGUUGACACCAAGAGAGAGAAGUUUACUGAAAGGGUGGCCCAAAAUUUCCACAAUCACAUGCUGAUGCAGAAAGUGUUUAAGGCCUGGUUUGGCACUGUACAAUGUCGGUGGCGCAAGAGGGUUGAGAGGCUGUGUGAGGUCAAGGCACAGAGUAUUUGUACACAGUUGAGCACGGACUACGAGUGCAAGAUUCAAUCAUUAAACAGCCACAUUGCUGAGCUUGAGGAAAAGAUGAGGAUCUUACAGUGUGAGAGGGAGCAGUACAGUCAGCAAGUGAAGAAAGCUUUCAUGAGAGGAGUGUGUGCCCUCAACAUGGAGGCCAUGUCAGCAUUUGGGGCAGAAGAUACGCAAGAUGCUUCGUACAGCAACAACAAUGUGAAUAUCAACAACAACCUCGAGUCAAGUAUACCACAGAAAGACGAGCAUUCAUCCAAAUCCCUGCCGCCAGAUUUGACUGUGACAGCAGUUCCAGACCUGUACAUUACUGGGUAUCAGCCACAUUCCAUGCCAGCCACUAGCAGUUCUUGCAACACUCAAAAGGUGAAGACUACAAAAUCCAGACCAUCAACUGCUCCCAAUUCUCGAACAGGAACUAAAAGUUUAGGUCUCCAGAACCAAGGAGUGACCUUGGCCCCUCCGAUGGCCUCCAUUGUAGUGGAAAGACAUGACCCAAUUACUAAACAAACAGUUGGUAAAGCAACUGCAGUGAGAUUUCCUAAAUCAGCCAAAGAAGAGAACACAAGAAAACAGACUUCUGGUCUAACCUCUGUGCCAAAGUCACAGCAGAGUACAUUUGGCCUGCAAUUCAAACCUUUAGCUGGCCAGUCAUCUCUCACCAUGUCGCCCUCCAUUAAAGUUGUUGAGUAAAUCAUUACAGAUAAACCCACCAUGGUCAACAGCACCAUAGAAAAAUAAAAUGAUGAAUUUCAAGUGUAGUUUGGCUUUACAUUUAGGGCAUGUAGUAUUCAAAUACAUAUAUGACUAAAGAUAAGCAACUUUUACUUGACUGCUAUUCACCAAAAGACAUGGAACAUUUUUAAUGAAACUUCCAGUACAUCUAAGUGAAUUUUUGGUCUCAUACUCCAUUUUACAAAGAUGUUCAUUUUGUUUACUAAGUCUUACAGUAAGAUUUUAUUUCAAAUAAUACAAAAUUAUAUUAAUUAUAUAAAGAAUUCACUUUUAUUAAUAUAUUUUUAAAAUGUAAAUUUUUUUGUGCUAUUUUAGUUUUAGCUUCAAAAAGUUGCAUUCAAUCUUUCUUUUUUUGGUUAAAUUAUUAUCAUUUUAAAAUUUAUUUUUAAAUAUUUAUUGCGAGUUUUAAACUUUGGCAUCACAGUUGACAUUAAUAACAUCUUUGUUAGAGAUUUGAGAAUGUCAUAAUUUGAAAGUUGUGCAUGGAAAAGUGGUUCAGAAAUUCAUUGGUUUUGUUUAGUAAAUGUUUUACCGAGGCUUUUUAAGUCUGUGAAUGUACAAGUUUUCCAUCCAGAAAAUGUUUUAGUAUGUGUAAAUGUAAUAAUCAUUAUCACAAUUUAAUUAACAACCCAGAUCAUGAGAUGUGAAAAUGAAUGCAGCUAAUUCUCCCAAAAAAGAAAUUCACCCAUUUAUCAAUUUCAUUAAAUUUUUGUAGAACAUCUAUUUAUAAUCUCGUAACAAUGCAGGUCUAUAUUUCAUUUGUAAAUAUUUAUAUUUCACACAGAACUAAGAUUUGUGAUAAUAAAACAAUAAUAUUGCUC